AUGACUGACUUGCCCGUGUCUAGCUUCCCAGAGUACGUGGAUCCGUUUACCUCAUCAGACGACACCAUGACAAAUUCGCCUGCAAUCAUGAACGCCGCACAUCGCCUCGUGGAUAAGGUUAAGGGGGAGGAGGCCGAGAGGCAUCCCUCACCUCAGCCGACCCACGUCAGCUACCCUCUGUCCAAGGUCAACGGCAAUGGGCACAGGGUCCUGCGUUCGGCCACGGUCGGCUAUGUCGCUCCUGAAUUCACGGGCAAGAAGGAGCAAAUGGGCCAAGCCAAGGAGUUCAUCAAGAAGGGUGGCUGGAUCCCCGAUGCGCUGGUUGACGCGCAGGUGGAAUGGUUCUACAAUGAGCUAGGCAUCGACGAUGUUUACUUCCAGGCCGAGAACCCCGAAGUCAUCGCCAACCACAUCACGUCGCUCUAUGCCGCCAAGGUCGCCGCAUUUGCACGUGAGGACAAGCGGGAAGAGAUCCGCCUGGACAUGGAAGCCUCGGACCACGCCAUCUAUAUUGACACCAGUGAGCCCGGCAAGUCCACAGUCAAUGGGCCUCAGUAUGAGCAUCGCCUCGAGUCCAAGUACUUGGACGGUGGUGACACAUCGAAACGUUUCCGUGUCGAGACCUUCAGGUCCCCCAGCAGCAUGGGGCAUUCCAACUUCAAGGCGACUCUUCGUUGCUACUUCGUCUACCAGUGCCAGUUUGUUGAGCCUAACGCCGAUCCUAAGGAGACCCGGCUCGAGGUCAUCAGCGACCGCAUGUUCCUUGCCAAGGCGACCAAGAACACCAAGCAGAUCUACCAGGAGAUCAUCGAGACCUCUGUGAGCCGGACCGGUCCGGUUAUCGAGGUCUUCGACAUCGAAGGUCAACAGGAAAAGCGCUUGGUCGUGGCAUUCCGCUCGAGGACGGCAAGAGGGUUGUUCAGCGCCCUUAGCGACCUCUACCACUACUAUGGAGUUACCAGCUCCCGGAAAUACGUCGAGCAGUUCUCAAAUGGCAUCACCGUCAUGAGCAUCUACUUGCGCCCCGCACCGAACGUCGACUCCAAGUAUCCGCCAAUCGAGGAGUCGAUUCACCAGAUUACUCAGGAGGUAUCGCUUCUGUACUGCAUGCCGCAGACCAAGAUGCACUCCCUGUUCGCUUCCGGCGAGCUCAGCCUGCAAGAGACCUCUUACGCGCACUGCGUGUGGGUGUUCGUGCAGCACUUCCUGAACCGCCUGGGUUCCGAGUACGCUUCGCUUGUCGCAACCCUCGACCCCAACAACAACAACCAUGCCGAGAUCCUGUCGAGGAUGAAGAAGCGCCUGCGCACCGAGACGUUUACUCCCGACUACAUUCUCGAGAUUAUCCUCUCUCACCCCCAGCUCAUCCGUGCUCUAUACGCCUCGUUCGCCAGCGUCCACAUGAAGGUCGGGGCCGGCUUCGAUGUCCGCAGCAUCGCUCCCACCCCCACCACUGAGGUCCUUUCGGAUGCCAAGCUUAAGGACAAGAUCACCAAGGAUGUCACCAACGAGCACGAGGAGAUGGUCAUGACUGCCUUCCGCGUCUUCAACAAAGCCGUCCUCAAGACCAACUACUUCACCCCAACCAAGGUUGCCUUGAGCUUCCGACUCGACCCCUCUUUCCUCCCCGCGAUUGAGUACCCGUCGCCGCUCUACGGCAUGUUCCUCGUCAUCACAUCCGAGUCUCGCGGUUUCCAUCUGCGCUUUAAGGAUGUUGCACGGGGCGGUAUCCGCAUCGUCAAAUCGCGCAGCAAGGAGGCCUACUCGAUUAAUGCCCGCAAUCUGUUCGACGAGAACUACGCUCUGGCCAGCACGCAGCAGCGCAAGAACAAGGACAUCCCCGAGGGUGGCUCCAAGGGUGUCAUCUUGCUUGACCCCAAGCAGCAGGACAAGGCCCGCGAGGCGUUUGAGAAGUACAUCGACAGUAUUCUCGACCUCCUGCUCAAGGCUGAAACGCCUGGCAUCAAGAACCCCAUCGUUGAUCUGUACGGGAAGGAGGAGAUCGUCUUUAUGGGCCCGGAUGAGAACACGGCCGACCUUGUCGACUGGGCGACCGAGCACGCCCGCAACCGCGGUGCCCCCUGGUGGAAGUCGUUCUUCACGGGCAAGUCGCCAAAGCUGGGCGGCAUUCCUCACGACUCAUACGGCAUGACGACCUUGUCAGUGCGGGAGUACGUCAAGGGUAUCUACCGCAAGCUCAACCUGGACCCCUCGACCGUCAGGAAGAUGCAGACAGGUGGCCCCGACGGCGAUCUGGGCAGCAACGAAAUUCUUCUCAGCAACGAGAAGUACACAGCCAUCGUCGAUGGCUCGGGUGUAUUGGUUGACCCCAACGGCAUCGACAAGGAGGAGCUGCACCGCCUUGCCAAGAAGCGACAGAUGAUUUCGAACUUUGACUUGUCCAAGCUGACCAAGGACGGCUACCGGGUGCUGUGCGAAGACACGAACAUUACCCUGCCGACCGGAGAAGUUGUCAACAACGGCACGGCGUUCCGGAACACAUACCACCUUCGGGACAGCAAGCAUGACCGACAUAUUCGUCCCCUGCGGCGCUUUGACGACGCUGGAUUCGUUGAACACAUGUGCCACGGUCCUAAGGGCAACGCGCCUACCUUCUACCAGGCGUACGUCAAGGCGGUGCAGGCGAAGAUCCAGGAGAACGCCCGGCUCGAGUUUGACGCCAUCUGGCGCGAGCACGAGCAGACAGGCGUCCCACGCUCGAUCCUUUCGGACAAGCUGUCGAGUGCCAUCACGACGCUCGACCAACAGCUGCAGCACUCGGACCUGUGGGAGACGGAGCACGUCCGCCGCGCCGUGCUUGCGGACGCCCUACCCAAUCUGUUGAUCGAGAAGAUUGGCCUCGACACCAUUAUCCACCGCGUCCCGGACGCGUACCUGCGCGCCAUCUUUGGCAGCUACCUCGCCAGCCGCUUCGUGUAUGAGUGCGGUAGCUCGCCGAGCCAGUUUGCGUUCUACGACUUCAUGUCGAAGAGGAUGGCCAACAUCAAGGCCUAA